AUGGAACUUCCUGUGGUUUUCAUGCUACUGCUUCUGUGUUCUUCAGCGGCAUAUGCUCAAACUUCUAAAUCUCCCAUCUUAAGCCCUACUCCAGCCCCAGCACCAGCACCGGAAUACGUGAACCUCACAGAUUUACUCACUGUGGCCGGCCCAUUCCACACCUUCCUUAACUACCUUGAGUCCACCAAAGUGCUUGAGACCUUUCAAGACCAAGCCAACAAGACUGAGGAAGGCAUAACUAUCUUUGUACCAACAGAUAGUGCCUUCUCAUCUCUUAAGAAGCCCUCUCUUUCCAAUCUCACAGCUGACCAGCUCAAGUCACUCAUCCUAUUCCAUGCCUUGCCGCAUUACUAUUCUUUAUCUGACUUCAAAAACCUAAGCCAAUCAAGCCCCAUACCUACAUUUGCUGGUGGACAAUACACUUUGAACUUCACUGAUGUUUCAGGCACCGUACAUCUUACCUCAGGAUGGACAGACACAAAAGUGAGCAGCAGUGUGCUUUCCACUGAUCCUGUUGCAAUUUACCAAGUUAACAAGGUUCUUCUUCCUGAGGCAAUCUUUGGCACUGACAUACCUCCAACCCCAGCUCCUGCACCGGCUCCCGCUGCACCAGCUGCAGAUGCUCCAACAGCUGAUGGAACUAAAGGCUCAUCGUCUCCAGGAUCUUCACCAGGAAAGUCCUCUUCUUACAGGAUUAUCAGCUGGGGUAUUUGGGGUCACUUUGUUUUGGCAGUCUCAGCUGGGCUGGUCUUGUUCUUGUGA